GAGAGAGAGAGAGAGAGAGAGAGAGUCAUAUGGCUGUUGAGUCAGGUAAAGAAAUCAGAUGUCCUCUUCUUGUCUAAGAUACAGCUCUUUUUCCUCUGCCUCUAGAAUGAGUCUUGGUCCUGGAUCUGACUUGGUAUCAUAUGCAUUUUUUCAAAUAUGACCCGUGUCCUCUUUCUGUCUUUCCUCCUCAUGACAACCGGCGUCUGGGACACAGCAGAGUGUUCAUCGGGUGAUGGAAAGAGCUUAUGGUAUGGGUUACUGAACCAAAGCAAGUUUUUAUCCGGAACGUUCCCAAAGGGUUUCCUCUGGGGUGCUGGAACUGCAGCAUUCUCAACCGAGGGAUCAUGGGAUCGGGAUGGGAAAGGACUAUCUGUUUGGGACCAUUUCACUCACCACACACUUGGAAGAGGGAAUAUUAGCACCUUGACAGCCGAUACAGCCAGCAACAGUUACGUGCUCUGGGAAAAAGACAUUGAAUCACUUCGGUACCUUGGAGUCAAGUUUUACUCGUUCUCUAUAUCAUGGCCGCGUAUUUUCCCAGACGGCGAUGCCACGGGACAACCGAAUCUUGCUGCCGUGGAUCAUUACCUCCGCCUGAUUGGCCAGUUAAAAGCACUCGAUUUGGACCCUGUGGUCACCCUGUUUCACUGGGAUUUGCCCCAAAUCUUGCAGGAGGAAUUGGGAGGCUGGACAAAUGCAAAAUUGGUGCAGAUUUUUGCUAACUAUGCUGCAUUUUGUUUUAAAACCUUUGGCCAAGACGUGAGAUACUGGAUCACUAUACACAACCCAGUCCUGAUUGCAUUUCUGGGCUAUGGAAUGGGAAUUCAUGCACCGGGGGUGUCCGGUAACCCUGCUGACCCUUUCAUCGUUGCACAUAACCUCAUCAGGGCACACGCAGCAGCCUGGCACAUUUACGACCAGCACUUCCGUCCCCAUCAGCAUGGCCAAAUCUCAAUCACACUCGGCUCCUAUUGGGUGGAGCCUUUCAACGGCCAGGCUACACCAGCGAAUGUGGAGCUGUGUCAGAGGUCUGUGGAGGCCGUGAUCGGCUGGUUUGCAGAACCAAUACAUGGAGCUGGUGAUUAUCCAAUGUCCCUACGUUCAUCUCACCCAGGCCUGGUCCCAAAUUUUACAUCAGAGGAAAAGCUUUGGGUGCGUGGCACAGCUGAUUUCUUCUCACUGGCAUUUGGGCCUGAUUCAGUACGUGCAGGAAGAAUUUUGGCCCGGUUUGGCCAGACUGGGGCACUGAACCUGAGAAAAAUUCUGGGCUGGAUCCAGAAGGAGUAUGAGGACCCUCCAGUGCUGGUGGCAGAGAGCAGUUGGUUCUCUGAUGCCUCUGUCGGAGUGGAAGACACGGUGGCCAUUUACCUCAUGAAGAGAUUUCUUAACCAGGUGCUUCAAGCGGUGGUCGUGGACCAUGUGAAGGUCUUUGGCUACACAGCCUGGUCUCUGGUGGACGGGUUUGAGUGGAACAGUGGCUACAGCAUAAGAAGAGGACUUUUCUACAUCGACUUCAACCAGCCUGAAUUCAUCAGGGUCCCGAAAUCAACAGCUAAAUACUACAGGCGGAUCAUCAAGGACAAUGGCUUUCUUGAUGAGGAGACAGAGGAAGACAUUGACGGUCAUUUUCCCUGCAAUUUCCAGUUUGGUGUGGCAGAUUUUAUCCUGCAGGUCCAUCUACAGCCAUUUUCACCUCAGUUCACUGAUCCUGUUCUAUAUCGGUGGAACAUCAGUGGCGAUAGUGCCCUCCAUCCUGUCUUAGGAGUAACUCUUCACACUCGUGGCUCCCAGUGCACAGACUUCCUGGCUAUUCAACAUCACAUCCGCCUCCUUGAAGCCACAGGGUCAUCACAUUACAGAUUUGCCCUGGAUUGGCCUCGGCUUUUUCCCAAUGGUGACAUCCUGUCUGCAGAUGCAGUAGCAGUGCGAUAUUACCGCUGCAUGCUAACUGAGCUCCAUAAAAAGGGUAUCAGUGCAGUUGUUACACUCUACCACCCCACCCUUAGGUCACACACACUGGGCUUACCAAGGUUGCUGUAUGAACAAGGUGGAUGGAUGAAUACAAGUACUGGUGAUGCAUUUGUUGAUUAUGCCACAUAUUGCUUUCAAACAUUUGGGACACUCGUGAAUGUCUGGAUCACUGUGAAUGAACCAAAUCGACUGAUAGAAGCGUAUAACGUAAGUGCAGAAGAAAGAGACAUGGUAGUCCGCACAGUGUUGAUGGCACAUGCUCGUGCUUGGAAAAUUUACAACGCACGUUUCCGUCGACACCAGGGGGCGAAGAUAAGUUUUGCACUCCAUGCUGAUUGGGUGGAACCGGCCAAUCCUUUCGUAGACUCUCACACCAGUGCUGUCCAACACUUUCUGUUCUUUGAACUUGGACGUUUCCUCGAUCCUAUCCUACAGAACAUAGACUACACUGAUACUAAAAGCUGCCAUGGCUGCUUCCGUAUGCCACGCUUUUCAGAGCAUGAGAUGUUUGAGCUUAGAGGAGCCCUAGAUUUCAUUGCUCUCAAUCACUUCACAACUCGUCUGGUUUACCCAAAAUUGAGAGACCUCCAUCCUAGUUCAUCUGUCCAUGAUUAUGGCUGCUCUUUUAUGACAGAUCCAACAUGGGAGACCUCUUAUAAGGGCCAAGCUGUAGUGCCCUGGGGGCUCCGCAGAGUCCUGAGGUGGGUAAAGAGUCGCUAUGGUAACAGUCACCCUAUUAUUAUCACAGCCACAGGAAUUGAUGAUCAGGCAUCCCAUAAUGACCACCUAAGGCAGCAAUAUAUAAAGACCUACAUGCAGGAAGCAUUAAAAGCUCAUGUCCUUGAUGGAGUUGAUGUGCGUGGUUUUUAUGUUUGGAAGCUGCAAGACCAUCACACUCCAGAUUUCGGAUUCUUCCUUUCCCCCAACCAUCAGUCCCGUCCCAAAGCCUCUGUCUCCAUUUACCGCCAGCUCAUCUCUCAGGGUGGCUUUCCCUCCAUCUCUGACUCAGUGACUUCAGCUUGCGAGCCAGUUGUGAGUCAAUCAGAAUGCUGGAUCUGUAACAACAAACCAUUUCUCUUUUUUGGCAUGUGUGUCAUGAUCAGUGUGUCUGUGCUGGCCAGUGUCAUGGUUAAUGGCAUGAUAAGAAGGAGCAGGAGGAAGAAAAGAAUAAAGACAAGGAAGAAGAAGAUGGGUCAGGCAAUGAGAAGGGUGGCGUAUAGAAUCUGAAGAUCUUUCUCUGAAAGAUCAACCAAGACAUCUUUGGUACUUGUGCUGUGAUUCUAAUCAAACUUUGUGGGCUAGGUUCCCUUUGGAGUCUGAUCCCUAUGAAGGUUUCUUCAUCUCCAUAUUGUCUCAAGAAGUUUUUUGUUUUGUUUUGCCUCUCUAAACUCUGGCUUGCAAAUUAGACAUCCUGAUUUGUGUAAAGCUGCUUUGUGACAAUAGCCACGAACAAAAUUGUGCACUGUGUAUGUACCUGCAUUCUAUUCAGUACAUGAUGCUGCUGAUCAGUUUACAUGUGUUGCCGUUGUCAUGUGACCUAUGAUGUCAGAUUAACCACAAAAGUAAUUUUUUUUAGUUAAUAAUGGAAAAUGUCAAAUGUAAGUAAAACUGGACUGAAUUGGACUAAACUGAAGCACAAAACCUGCAUGCUGAUUGAGUACAAUUAGUACAAUUGAGUACAAAUUUCAUUCAUCACACUGUUUCAUAAGUGACCGACUUAUGUCUUUUCUGCAUUCACUUCCACCAGGAUUUCAAGCACAGAUUUACUAAUGAAUGUAUAAAAGUUUAAUGCUGCAUUUCUUUUAAAUCGGUUUGGUAUCACAAACUUUCUAUUCACGUUACUUGUGAUUUGAGAGCACAGUGUUCUGUUGAGCCUCUUUGGUCAACCGUUUCAAACAAAGAUGAAUAAUGCUCUUGACUACAUUUCUAUAUUUGCUUAUAUUAUAUACAGUAUUUGUUUACUGCUGUAAUUUUAAGUGAUACGAGCAUGGCUAACAAAACCUCAAUUUUAGUUGUCUGUAAAAAAAAAAUCAUUUGAUUUCUUAAUAAGUGAUUACUGAGAUGUUGGACUGUAAAUAUUGUAUAAAUAUAUGUUGUGAUUACAGUAUGAUAAAAUAAAAUUUAAAAAUAA